AUUCGAACAUACCUAGUGUUUAAUAAAGGCAGACGCUGCACUGACAACGUCACAACUUUGCCUCUAGCUAGGUUAGCUGAAACACUGUGAGUUGUAAAACUAACCAAUACACUCGAUUACAAACAUGACAGUCAACGAAUUAUCUAGAUGCAAGUUUAGUAUGAUCGAUUUGGAAGAUUUUUUGAGAAAUCCGCCGCGCGGUUUUAAGGUAGAGACGCGUCGUGCUGGUUACCGUUUUGUCAGAAGCGACCCGGAAAGCUGCUGUGUGUUAAUUGAUGACUUCGAGUCGUGUAAAGGAAAGGUUAUGUUCCAGCAUUCAACUGGAAAGACAAUCAAGGUGCAUAAUCUAAGAGAUUACACAACAGUCAGAAAGAGCCUCACAUCCAAGAGGUUUUAUCUGCUAGUGUCAGCAUGUGAAAACAAGUCAUUGAAGGACACAAAAAAUGACACCAAAGUGUUGCAGCGCUUUGUCGUGGUCAUCGAUGGAAGCGAUCCCUUCGUCAAGUGGGAGUUGGAUCGAGGCUUGGACUGGACCAUCUCCUCUGUGGCCGGGGAAAGCUACAGGGUGGAUGUUGACUUCAGUGAAUCCUUGCAGGCCUGGCUGGGCGAGGGUUUCUGUAUCCUAGCCAACGAUCAGAAGGUCGAGCCGACAUGGAGAGACACCAGUUUCACCUUAAAAUAUUACUCUGACGCUCUCUUUGACUUCCCUCACUGGCUUGGAUUCAGCAAACGGCAGUUCAAGAUCACCUGUUGUGGAAGAUGAGAAUCCUCCGCCAACAACACAGUUUUUCUGGACUACCUGCUACACGCCUGCCACCUAAGUGUGUAGCCCCCAUUGAAGAAAGGUCACCUCUUCCUGCCAGCUGUAAGGACCAGCUGUCGUGUGUUUCCACAAGAAACCAAAAAAAGGUGCUGUUAUCAGAGUUUGUCUGAAGCAGGAAGCAGUUGCAUAGGGCCAAAGGCUUGUGGGCUUGAAAACGAAUACUGCUCAGAAUAAGUUACAAACCACUUUGGCUGCACUUUCACUGGUUCAAUUCUUAGAUUUACUGAAACAC